AGUAUUAUGGUUCUGUUAGGGCUAGUCGCAGCGAGCCCACGCGGCCCGUGCGGCUGCCAACCAGUCUUCGAAUAUUGCGCCAACGACUACACCACGUACCAUAGCAUCUGCGAGUUCAAGUGCAAACAUCCCUCCGUCCAGUUCCACGACUGGUACAUCCUGUACAACGGGCCUUGUGUAUCGGAGCUGGACACUACUACGCAGCGGACAACUACAACACAGCCGACCGCUACAACGUGGCGGAGACGUUCAACAACCUACCUUUCUCAUUUUUUUGCGGAAACUGUUGGUAAUUUAAUGCUUGGGUAAUAAAAAUUAAGACGUUUCAAAA